CACGGAUUCCGUGCUGCACCAGGGCGAUGGCAAGUCUUCGCCCAGGUGCGAACGUCGCCUGCUCCUCUGUCAGCCCCAGCUUCAUCUUGCUGCGUCUCGACCCGGUCUUGCCGCCCUCAUCGUUUACCUCAUGUCUUUGAUUGCUGCAGAGUCUCUCCAUGACUGGCUCCGCGCGCUCGCCCUGCUUGCGGCCUGGCCGGAACAGCUCCUCCAGCACUACAUCCGCACCGACGCCAUCUUGACCGCCUGGGCGCUGGUUGCUGUCUUCACCCUGGUCACAUGGACCAUCAGCACCAUCACCCGCAACUACUCCCAGGUCGAUCGCAUCUGGUCCAUCACCCCCUUUAUCUACGCCAUCCACUUUGCGGUGCAUGCUGCCGUCCACAACGGAGUGGUCAUUGAACUUCGCACAUUCGUGAUGGCCCUUCUCACCACCCUGUGGGGUCUCCGACUCACCUUCAACUUUUACAGAAAGGGCGGCUACGACUGGUACAACGAGGACUACAGAUGGAGCUAUUGUCGCCGGAUCGUUGACAACCCGCUGCUGUGGGAGCUGUUUUCAUUCUUCUUCAUAUCGGUCUAUCAGCACCUUCUCCUCUUUGGCAUUUCUUUGCCGUCGCUUGUGGCUUACAAGGCCUCGCUCCUCCACGGUCCUGCAUUUACGGCGCUCGAUGGGGCUGCCGCCAUCGGCUUCGCCGCCCUCCUGGUCUUCGAGACUGUCGCCGACCAGCAGCAAUGGAACUUCCAGUCGGAAAAGUAUCGACUGUUGGCGGUGGCCGCCCAACGGGAGGCAGCCCCUGCUCGCAGUGCAAGCGAAACACUAGAACAAAAACAAGCACGCCUCCUGGCGACGCUUCCUCACCCAUUCAACAUCGGCUUCAUAACUAGCGGCCUGUUCCGAUACUCGCGCCAUCCCAACUUUUUCGCCGAACAGGCCAUGUGGUGGACCUUCAAUCUCUUUGCCGUCUCAGCCGCACAGUCGUUCUGGAUCUGGACCUGGACUGCGCCGCUGUUGCUCUCGCUCCUCUUCUUGGGCUCGACGGCUCUGACCGAAUGGAUCACCGAGCAAAAGUACCCUCUGUACAAGGAGUACAAAAAGACGACCUCGACCGUGAUUCCAUGGAUACCAGGAAAGCCGAUCCUGGCAGCCCAAAAGGACGACUAGGAUCGGAUCAGCCCUGGCUCCCGCUGAACACAAGCUUUGAUCUUGGCCUCGACUCCCCAACCUCGCCAUUGCGGGCACCAACCUCGCCUUUGUGGGCACGAGAACCUAUCGGCGCUCGCAAAAACUUUGUCAACUUCUUGGAAUGUAUGCCUUCUCACUGCCCGCUACCACCACUUUUGCUCGCCGGCAUGUUUGCUUUGAUAAAUACUACAGUAUAUCGAGGUGAACCGUCU